AUGGCCAACGCCCUUCAAAACAUCUACCGGCUGGCCGGCCCCGUGGCCGUCGGUGCCAUGCUCUUCAACGCCUCCCUCUACGAUGUCAAGGGCGGUUCGCGGGCUGUCAUCUUCGAUCGGUUGUCUGGUGUGCAGGAGCAAGUCGUCAACGAAGGCACACACCUGUUGGUCCCCUGGUUGCAGCGGGCUAUUAUCUACGACGUGCGGACGAAGCCGCGCAAUAUUUCGACUACCACCGGAAGUAAGGACUUGCAAAUGGUCACAUUGACGCUCCGUGUGCUGCACCGUCCGGAUGUGCCGCGGCUGCCCCAAAUCUACCAGUCAUAUGGUACCGAUUACGACGAGCGUGUUCUCCCCUCCAUCGGAAACGAAGUACUCAAAGCCAUCGUGGCCCAGUUCGACGCCGCCGAGCUCAUCACACAGCGUGAAGCCGUCUCCAACCGCAUCCGUACCGACCUCCUCAAGCGCGCUGCGCAGUUCAACAUCGCCCUGGAGGACGUCUCCAUCACCCACAUGACCUUCGGCAAGGAGUUCACCAAGGCCGUCGAGCAGAAGCAGAUCGCCCAGCAAGACGCCGAGCGAGCACGAUUCAUCGUCGAGCGCGCCGAGCAGGAGCGACAAGCCAACGUUAUUCGCGCCGAGGGUGAAGCCGAGUCCGCCGAAAUCAUUAGCAAGGCCGUCGCCAAGGCCGGCACUGGUCUGAUUGAGAUUCGUCGUAUCGAUGCCAGCCGUGAGAUCGCACAGACUCUGGCUUCUAACCCCAACGUCACAUAUCUGCCUGGCGGCGAAGGCAAGGAGGGUGGCAAGAGCACUAGCCUCUUGCUGGGUCUGCGCUCUUAG